GCAGUAGGGGAAGGGCCAGCAAGAAAGCCACAAGGAAAUCUUUUUCAUAAUGGACGCAGUCGCAAGAAAGUCCAAAAAUUGGAUAAAUGAGCGAAACCAACCGCCGCCUGGAUCUAGAACAGAGCGAGGAAUUUGAGCGGGAAAUCGCUUUUCCGCCUGCGGCCUAGCAGGGCUGGCGGCGUCGCCAAAAAGAAAGGACCGGAACGUGCCGUGCGUUGCUUGGCGGCGGCUCCUGCGGCGCCCUUCUUAAGUCAGGGUCCGGCGCCAAAGGGACGGGAGUGGAGCAGGAAGAAGCUAUGACCAACAUUUCAAGCCACCAUUCUAUUUUUGAGUAGACUUAUUCGUCCAACAUUAUCAGGAUGCUGGGUGCAUGUGGCAUGCAGAAAUGUCACCAAGAAAUUCUCAGAAAGAACCGUGUAUCCCUAGCAAGUCAACUAGUAUUGAAGGAACUAAUGGAACAUCUUAUAGAAAAAGAUAUUAUCACGGAAACAAUGAUGGAGAUGAUACAGGCGAAGUCUGGAAAUUUUAGCCAAAACAUAGAAUUCUUGAAUUUGCUUCCGAAGAGGGGCCCCAAAGCCUUUUCAGCCUUUUGUGAAGCUUUACGAGAAACUAAACAACAGCACUUGGAAGAAAUGCUCUUGAACAGUAUCCCCUGCCAUAGGACUGAGGCUGUAAAGCGACCUCAUUGCUAUGAGCAAAGUUUCCCGUUUUCAGUGCCUGAAUCCUGUGUAUCCCAGAAAAGACUAUAUCACAAUAAUGCAGUGCCUAUGGAGCAUUCUUUAGAUGAUGGAGAUGGCCCUCACUAUUCUCAGGUGAAACCAUGCACUCUAGAAUUUUAUCGCACGCAUGCACACUUGGCGUACAAGUUGAAAUCACGCCCACGAGGCCUGGCUCUUAUCCUUAGCAAUGUGAAUUUCAGCAAUGAGACAGAUCUAGAGUUGCGUUCUGGAGGAAAAGUGGACAAUGCUGCUCUAGAUAUACUCUUCAAGCAUCUUGGAUACCAGGUGGUUGUAAAACAUGAUCAGACUGCACAGGAAAUGAAAGAACAGUUGGAAAUUUUUUCCAAGCAUCCAGUUCAUCAAAACGUAGACUCCUGCAUAGUAUCACUUCUUUCGCAUGGCAUAGAGGGUGGAGUCUACGGAGUGGAUGGGAAGCUACUUCAGCUGCAGGAAAUUUUCAGUCUUUUUGACAAUGCGAAUUGUCCUAGUCUUCAGAAUAAGCCUAAAAUGUUCUUCAUCCAGGCAUGUCGGGGAGAUGAAACAGACCGUGGAGUGGAUCAGAUAGAUGGGAAUGACCGGGCCAAUUCUCCUGGUUGUGAAGAGAGUGAUGCCAACAAGAAGGAAAAUCCUAAAUUACGCCUCCCCACCUGCUCUGAUAUGAUCUGUGGAUAUGCCUGCCUGAAAGGUACAGCUGCUAUGAGAAAUACCAAACGUGGAUCAUGGUAUAUAGAAGCUCUCACUUCUGUGUUUGCUGAGGAUGCCAGAAACAUGCAUGUGGCUGACAUGCUAGUCAAGGUGAACAGAUUGAUCAAACACCGUGAAGGCCAUGCCCCUGGCACAGAGUUUCAUCGUUGUAAGGAGAUGUCAGAGUACUGUAGCACUCUCUGCCAAGACCUUUACCUAUUUCCAGGGAUAGUUGCUGAGAAUUAAUUCUAUUGUUCUUUUGGCAAUGAAAUCCUUUUCCUGUUCCUCUUCAGCAUUCAUGAAAUACCUAUACAGUUGUGUGUAUAUGUUUAUGAUCCACAGUACCUUCCUUCAUGGCUGUAAGAUGAAUUAAAACUUUGUAUGACAGUGAAAAUUUGACUGAUGAGCAAUGGCAUAUGCUAUUUGCUUUUUGUUUUUUUAAAAAAACCUGAGAUAUCCUAAGCUAUAACCUGUAAGUAAAUAAUGCCUGGCCAUGCCAAAUUUCUUACACUGUGUGCAGAGUUUGCUAAAAUUACUCUUUAGAGUAAGAUUUGGCCAUUGUUCCGGGGUUUUUCUCCCCAUGUGCUAAAAACAGAUUGAUGGGGAGCACUUUAAUGAUUUUAUGUGAGUGUGGAAAAUGUGAGUUUGAAAUUUCAUGUAAUUAUUUUUAUAAAGGAAAAGAGAUAAAACAUUUUUUAAAAAGUUACAUGUUGAAUUCUUUUUUAAUUUGAAUUGAUGUUUGGUUGCCCACAGCAGUAGCCUUGAAAAGGAACCUUAACUCCAAAAAUGGAGGCUUUGCAGACUAUGAAGGCCAAGUUAGAAUGGCAGGCCAAUACUAAUGUUGCUUUAUGCGUAUAGAUAUUCAAGCAGUCACUAGUUUUUGUUACAAAAAUUUUAAUAUAUGCUUGCUGGUUGCAAUAUUUCCUUCAGUGAAAUUUGAUCAUUCUUGUAGAAAAUUGAGAGCAGGACUUGGAAAUAAUCACAGUGGUUUUUCAUUCUCCAAGAUACUUCUGGUUACAUAAAACUGUAUGUUUCUAAGAUGUAAUAGCUUUAGCUUAUGAUUCCAAGUGUUUAUAAUAUUUCUAUUGUGCAUAAUACUAUCUGUUUAUCUAAUACUGAUUUGAAGUUAUACUGAAGACUUCACUAGACAACAUAAGUACUGUAUGCUGCCAUGGAUUAACCUACCUUUAUCCUGUUUUGAUUGCCUGUUCUUUUAAUGUAGAACAGGAAAUAUUUUGCUCUUUUGCUUGUAAGGAUUCCUGGACAGGCACAGGAUAGAAAGUAGAGAGGAAGACUUUAAACUCAUCAUUUUUCAGAAUCUAGUUCUACUACUGUAAAUGGCCCCUUGGGUGGGACCUAUCAUGUCUUUGACUUUCCAGUGGUCUUUGGAAAUAAAGGACAACAAGACGCAUAUCAAGUUUUCUUGAUAUGUGUGAAUAUACUCAUAUUGUAUACUGUAUUGUUAUGUUAGUAACAUAACAAUACAGGCACUCAGUAGCUCCAGUAAUUAGAUUGGUAGCCCCUGGAUUUGCUGCAGUGCUUGAGAAAUAGCUCUCUUUCCUCUAUUUAAAUUGAGAUUUUUGAAAAUACAUUUGGAAUAUUUUGUGCUCUUUUAAAGAAAAACUUAUUUUUGUAUUUUUUUAAAAAAAGCGUUUCUGCAACCAAAGUGACAAGUUUUUAAAAUCACUGCCUAUAUAUUGUAUAUAAAUUGCUUUGAUAUAUGCCAAAAUAAAAAGUAAUCUCAUUUUCCUA